AUGACAUCUAAACCUACAUGUGUGAUUGUGGCCAGUGCUGCAUCUGCAGAGCACAGCCCGCUGGGUGCAAGAGUUCAGCAUCAAACCCUACGCCAACCCGGCCAAGCUGGAGUCUGUCGAUGGUCUGACAUCUCUGCUUUCUUGAAUCUAAGUGCAUGGGUGUGUGAUGUUUCAGGAGCCCGCUAUCAGGCGCUGUUGAUUCCCGACUGUCCGGGAGCCCUGAACGAUCUCGUCCAGAGAAUCCUGUCCCACUUCACUUCUCAGCAAAAGCCCGUGUGUGCUGUGGGACGGGGGCUAGCUGCUCUCUGCUGCGCUACAGAGGAACAGAAGUGGAUAUUCAGUGGCUACAGCAUGACCGGGGCCUCUGUGUUCGAGCUGCUACGUUCUGCUGAAUUUGCCAACCUGCCGCUGAUUGUGGAGGAUUUCGUCAAAGACAGCGGUGGAUCUUACACAGCGAGCAUCAAGGUUCUGGACUGGCAUCUUGUGACAUUUUGUUGA